GAAACCAAUUGGACAGGGAACCAUUUCCCACGCCACCGUUCCUGUCAGAAUGAACGUCAGCGCUCUGCACUCUGAGGAGCUCAGUGUGUCCUAGGUUAUCAACCUCCGCUCAUGCCAUGGUCAGCUGAACCUUCUGAUAUCCCUGCUGUAGAUCAGUGGAUGCGCCGUAGCGAGGAGGUGUGGGAGGAGACUCACAGACGUAUAGAAGCCGUGUUAGAACAACACAAACAGCAGGCUGAUCGUCAUCGUCGUGAGGCCCCGCUCUACUCCCCAGGAGAUCGCGUUUGGCUAUCUACCAGGGAUUUCCGGCUCCCCGAAGGCAACAAAAAAUUAUCAGUUAAGUUUAUUGGCCCUUUUAAAAUAAUCAAAAGAAUCAACGAAGUUACAUACCGUCUUGAAUUACCUUCUAAUUAUCGUGUCUGUCCUUCUUUCCAUGUUUCUUUACUUAAGCCGGUUAUCCCUGGUCCGCUGGAUGAGACCUCGCAUGGGAUGCUGCCUCCUCCACCUGUGCUCAUGGAUGGUGGACCCGUCUACGCGGUGGAGCGCCUGUUAGACUCCAGAAGGAGGAGGGGAGCCCUGGAGUACCUGGUUGAUUGGGAAGGCUACGGACCUGAGGAGAGAAGCUGGGUUACUGCAGCAGACGUCCUUGACCCAUUGUUGGUGGAAGAAUUCCAUCGGUCGCAUCCGUCUCGUCCAGCACCACGCCCUCGGGGUCGUCCAAGGAGGAGGUCUCCUGACCCUGGAAGGGGUAGGCGCUAUAGGUCUGCUGCUACUCGGUCUCUCAGUUCCGUCCGCGGCUCCAGGAGGGGUCGUCCCAGGACCAGGGGUCGUCCCAGGACCAGGGCUCCUGUUCAGGCUAUCCCCGCUUCGGGUUCUCGUGUCCGUCGGGCCUCCGGGCGGAGAGGGGCGGUUCCUGUGUGUCGUCCUCGUCCUUCGGUUCUUUCGGACUCCUCGGGGGGAGGUACUGUCAGGUCUCUAGGAUCUCCUCUCACACACCCGAACUCUAUUUCCCAAAAUCCCACUGGCCAUGACGUCACCGUCAGCCGCUCACUCUCACCCAAUCGCGUUACGCUCCCCCGUUCAGAGUCACCUGUAUUCUAAGAAGUUCCGGUUCAUAGUAAUUCCAUGUUUUGUAUAUAUAGGGUUCGGUUAACGUCUGUUCUUCGCGAGGUAUUGCCGACUCAUGUUGCGUACUGAGCGUUAUUCCAAACCCUUUUCUGUCUGCCCUUUUGUUAUGAUCUUUUUGCCUGUAUUACGGAUUUUGCCUUUUGUCUUUGCCCUUAUUGGAUUUGUUAUAUUAUCGGACUGUCUCUCUGGCUUUGGAUCUUGGACUGUCUCCUGUAUUACGAUUCCUGCUUCCAGUGUGAGUCUUGUUCAACCUGUUCUCUGGCUGUGUUACUCUGUUUACAACUCUGUAAAUAAACCCGCCUUUACCUUUUA